AUGCCUACAUCUCGCAGUGAUUUCAAGAUCUGGGAGCCGCAGCAGGUGCGCUGGGGCGAUAUGGAUGCCUUUGGGCACGUCAACAACACCACCUAUUUCACCUAUUGCGAGUCGGCGCGGAUGCGGUAUUUCCGCGAGGCCGGGCUCGGUGAGCUGCGCGCCGCACCGUCGGUCGGGCCGGCGGUGGUCAGCGCCACCUGCAACUUUCUGCAGCAACUUCAUGCCCCUGGCGAUCUAGAGGUCGGGGUGGGAGUCAGUCGCAUCGGCAGCUCGAGCUUUACUCUCGACUACGGCAUCUUCCGGCGCGACGGCGAGCAGCCAGUGGCCGAUGCCAGCUCAGUGGUGGUGUGGGUCGACUACGCGGCGGGCCACUCGGUGACGUUGCCGUCCGAGCUCCGCCAACGCAUCUUCGAGAUCGACGGCGUCGUCUGA